UAAAAACUGUGCGGGAACGGUCCGCAUCCCCACUUUAAAAUUUCCAUGCCAGGCGCAUCUGCAGUAAAGCCACCAGACAGACCUUGGACUUUCUUUACUCGGGAACUACAAGAUCAACCAUGGAUAUCCUCAAAGUAUUGUCGCGCGGCAUCAAGCAGCCUGCGAAAGGCGCCAAGAACGCAAACAAAGGAGCGGCAAACCUGCCAUCCGCCGGCAACCGAACGAACCCCCAACUUUUCCACGACGAAGUGUCUUCAGCGCGGGGCAACAAGAGGAAGCGAGGCAAAGAAGAGGUCGAGGAGAAGGAAGAGGAGCAACUGCCCGAGGUCGAUUUCUUCGCGCCCAAGUCCGAAACCACCAAAGGAACGGAAAAUGUCAAGCAGCCCGCUGCCAAAGCCAAGAAGGCCGACAAGGCGUCCGCUGUAAAGCCGACUCUACUCCCCGAGGACGAGUGCCGACAGAUCCUUCGGUCCCACCGACUAAAGCUCACGCUCCUCUCCGAGCGUCACAAGAAAGCCUCCAAGGUCACCAAGAGCAAAAAGAAGAAGGUUGCCGUCGAGGUCGAGAAGGAGACGAACCAGCUUCACCCUCAGCCCUUGACUUCUUUCCACGAACUUCGAACGAAUUACAAUAUUUCGCCGUUGUUGGCGGAUAAUCUCGCGCAUCAGGGAUAUAAGGUGCCGACCGAGGUGCAGCUGGGUGCUUUGCCUCUGCUCCUGAAGCCAGAAUUGGCAUUGAAGGAGGUGCCGCAAAACGAGGAGCUUGGGGAUGUCUCAAAGGGUGUGGAUUUCCUCGCCGUUGCCCCGACAGGCAGCGGAAAGACGAUCAGCUUUCUGAUCCCCGCCAUCAACUCCAUCAUGCACAAGAGGGAGUCUAGCGAGGACAAGGAUAGACACGAUCUCUCUGCGAUCAUCAUUGCGCCGACAAGAGAGCUGGUUUUCCAGAUUGUGAACGAGGGACGCAAGCUGGCCUUGAACUCUGGUAUCAAGAUCGCCGGCAUGAAGAAGGGCAUGCGCUUUGCAGUCGAGGAAGAAGACAAGGCCGAGAGCGAAGAUGAGGAAGAGGAAGAGAGCGAGGAGUCUGACGAUGGCGAGGACGAGGACAGCGAGACCGAGCCGGCCAAGCCAAAGUCCGUCGUGAAGGCCGAUAUCCUUGUCACAACACCUGCGCUUUUCUACAACUUCCUUACGGCGGCGUCAAAGACGGAUCGCAAAGUCCCGACUGUCACAUCUCUAAUUCUUGACGAGGCGGAUGUGCUGUUGGACCCCCUGUUCCGCGAACAAACCAUGACAAUCUGGUCCGCCUGUCCCAACCCGGAGCUGAGAACUACGUUCUGGUCUGCGACUUUCGGUUCCAACAUCGAGACUUUGGUGACAGAAGCACAGUUGGCAAGACCGGCAUCUAAACCAUUGAUUCGCUUGGUCGUCGGUCUCAAGGACACAGCCGUCCCCAACGUCACCCAUAAGUUAAUCUACACCGCAAGUGAGAAGGGAAAACUCCUGGGUCUCCGCCAGCUCCUUCACCCCACAGCAGGAGACGAUUCAGGACCACCCCUCCGGCCUCCCUUCCUAGUCUUCACCCAAACCAUCGAGCGUGCCACGGCCCUCGAAGAGGAACUCAAGUACGACAUCCCCCUCGCCGCCGGCGGUCCCACCAGAAUCGCCGCCCUGCACAGCGGCCUCACCGACAAGGCCCGCGCGAGCAUCAUGCGCCGGUUCCGCGCCGGCGAGGUCUGGAUCCUCAUCACAACGGAUGUUCUCGCGCGCGGCGUGGACUUCGCCGGCGUCAACGGCGUCGUAAACUACGACGUGCCCGGCUCCAGCGCGGCGUACGUCCACCGCGCCGGACGAACCGGUCGCGCGGGCCGCGAGGGCGGCGUCGCUGUGACCUUUUAUACGACGGACGAUAUCCCCUUUGUCAAGACGGUCGCCAACGUCAUUGCGGCCAGCGAGAGGCAGGCGGGCAAGAAGGGCGAGGAGGCGAAUGUGCAAAAGUGGCUGCUCGACGCGCUGCCGAAUGUCAGCAAGGAGGAUAAGAAGAAGAUUCGGGAAAAGGGCGUCGAGGCGAGGCGGAGCCAUGGGGCGGCGAUGAUUUCGUCAAAGAGUAAGUGGGAGAGGCGGAGGGAGGCGAAUCGGGAGGGGGCUACGGCCGCGAAUAAGAUUCGGAUAAAGAAUGCGAGGAGGGUGGGUGAUGAUGAGGCUGGGGAGUGGAGUGGUAUUGAUGACUGAGGGAGGGGUUCCCGUCUUCAAAGAAGGCGUUGAGAAUAAAAGCUUGGUUUUUACUUAUUUGGACAGAUAAGAUUCAUGUCGGUGUAUGCUGCUGCUAUUGACGUGGACUGGUAGAUAGGUGACUGAGUCCCUCCAAGCCCCCUCAUGUCGAAACGAUCCCAUGAGGCCACGAAAGACGUCGUUUGGAUGCGAGCUAGAAGGUAAAUCAGAUGAGAACGCAAACUUGGGUUCAUUUUCAGGUGGACAUGAGAAUUGGAUCACGUCCAUUCGUUGACUAUCCAGUGGAUGGACGAGAAAGCUCCAUGUACACGGUUGAGUUUGCUCGAGAGAUCGUGUUACUUGAGCAGGAAAGGAAAAGAAAAAACAGGUCAUUGAUAGGGGAGAAUAAGUAAAAGUAUCAGACUCUUCACUUAUGACGAGCUUUUAGUUGGUUAGCUCAAAGCCGUGUGAACUCGAAGCCAUGAAU